AUGUGGAGCUCAACGUUAUGCAAAGGAGCGCUACGCAAAUAUACAGCCCGCCACAACCAAAUAAAAAGGGCCUGUAUUAAAUCCCUCGCCAGCCGGCCGGAGUUGAACGUCGAAUCGGAACCCGACUUACGUGGCGUUAACCCUAACCAGCACCCGGAUCUCGACCCCGAUCCCGACCCCGAUCCCAACCCCAACCGCAACGGCCCUAACGGCCCCGGAAGCCUUAUUACAACCCCUAUUCGCUCCGGAGCUCGUACGUACCGCAACGGCCUAAGGGCGGACUUUGCUGUUAUUAACGGAAUAUCUAAAUAUUAUUACGACGUCCAAAUCGUCGCAAUUAAUAAAAUUCCGCUAAUACGGGCCCGUUUGCUACGUUAA